AUACUACACGUUGCACAUCCUCAACUGAACGACACUCCAACGACGCCGAAUAUCAACAAAGUCGCAGCGCGAGGUAUCGUGUAGUUACUAACACGUUUGCUCAAAUGUAGGCAUAAAACGGCUUGUUUAAAUGUUUUAAUUACGCUAUAUUUUUUCGCUCAGACAAAAAUUAACACCAUUCAUCUAAAACAUUUUUUAAAAGCAGCAUCAUCCUGUGUUAACUAUCAGGCGUAGACGUUUUGACAAAGUCGCACCGACUCCUCUGAACAUGAGAAAGUCGUAUAACACUUAAAAGCGGAGUUUAGUUCUUGUGUUGCCAGGUUUGGUUUAGUUGGUAGGUUUAAGUCAAGUAGCCCUUGACAGAGCAGGCAUGGCCAGCGGCAGCAGCAGCGGCGGCGGCGCAGUAAACAUGGAUCCAGAUGUAGCUCUGAGGCUGUUUGAGGAAGGAGCAACCCUGGUGCUGCGGGGUGUUCCUCGGGGCACAGAGCUGGGGAUUGACUGCAAGAGUUGGCAGGUGGGUCCUCGCUUCCGGGGUGUAAAGAUGAUCCCCCCGGGCCUGCACUUCCUCCACUACAGCUCCGUUAACUCGCCAAGCUGUGGAGGAGAAAUUGGCCCAAAGACAGGCCUCUUCCUCUCUCUCAAACCCAGAGAGAUCCUACUGGCUAACUGGGAUCCCAAAUUAGAAGAUCUGGACUUCUCAGCCUCCAAGAAUGAAGAGGAGGUGAGCCGCAUCCGGGCGACCUUGCAAGAACUGGAUCCUUACCUGGGUCCCUAUCCAUAUGAAGUCAUGAGGAAGUGGGUGUCCCUCACUGACCGUCUGAACGAGGAGGUGGCCAAUAACCUGCAGCCUCUGUGUGGCAGGAUAUGCGCCUUCAGUGACGUCAUUCCCGAGACUGAGUUCAGACACACCAAAGACAGGGCAGAGCAGCCGAGGAAUGACACGGCCUGUCAGAGCAUGAGAGAGGGACUCGACAGGCUUCCCAGGAUGAAGCUGAGGGAGGGGACGGAGCUGCGCUUCUCUGUCAUCCCCAAGAAGACCUACCCACCUGGGGCAACGCCAGCUGAGAUCACCCAGUGCUGUAUGGACCUGAGCUAUGCCCUGGAGACUGUGUUGGAGAAUAACCACGAGCUGCAGCCUCUCAACCUGCUAGGUGAGUUGCAGUUUGCCUUUGUGUGUUUCCUACUGGGAAAUGUGUAUGAGGGCUUUGAGCACUGGAAGCGGCUCCUGGCUUUGUUGUGUCGCUCAGAGGAGGCCAUGCGGAAGCGUAAGGAGCUCUACUUGGGGCUCAUCGCUGUGCUCUACCACCAGCUCGGAGAAAUCCCGCCUGACUUCUUUGUCGACAUCGUGUCGCAGAGCAACUUCCUCACCUCCACCCUGCAGGACUUUUUCCAGUUUGCCAGCGGACCUGGUGUAGACAGCACACUCCGUAAGAGAGCGGAGAAGUUCAAAGCCCACGUGACCAAGAAGUUUCGCUGGGACUUCGAUGCAGACUUGGAUGAGUGUGCCCCUGUGGUGGUGGAGCUGCCCGAAGGUGUGACAGUGGACUGAACCUGCUCUACUAUGGACCCAAUGUUCACACUGGAGGUGUAAGCAGGAAACAGGACUGAGACUAUGUGAGAGUGAGAGAGAGCAGUUAAGUGUGGUAUCUAACACCAGAUCCAAAGGUUCUCAGAAGGCCUGAGGAAACGUUUACAGUGGGUUGCACAUGUGCACAAACUGCAAACUGUUGUAAAGAAAGCAAAUGAGUUACUAAGUCAUCCCAAGUGUUGCAGCCAGGGUGGAGCUACAGUAUACUAAAUGUUAGUGCUGCCCUCUGGUGGUGGUUUUCUCCAGGUUCAGCAAGCAUUUCAUCUUGCAUUACUUGGUAGUUUUAAAGCCACAGUUGCACCAGUUAUUAUCAAAAGCUAAAAUGCCCUAGCAUUUUCAACUUUAAUUUAAAAUAUUUGUAGAGUCAGUUAAAGGUAAAAGCUAAGACUAACAUCAUACACAAACUUCAUCAGUGAUGGAGCACUUAAAUGUUGCCACAUAAUAACUGUAUAGAACAGAGAACUCUAACUGUGAACUUUACAUUCAGCACCACCUAAUUUAACCUUAAUUUUUUAUAAAAACAAAAAUUCUACAAAAGAUAAGCAGAGUUUUGUUAGAUGACAAUUGAAGUAUAGUGACUGUGCUGAUUCUAUACCACGUUCAAGUAUAAAUAUUUCUUUAUAUCUUUAUGUUGCUGUAGCCACACAGGAAAAUAGCAGUUGUGGUUCGUAACGGUAAAUUUGUCAAACAUGAAGGUCACUAUCAGCUGUUCAGCAAACAUUUACUUUUCUAUGAUUUAUUACAUCCAGAACUUCAUUUAAUAAAAAGAACACCUUUGAUUCAAAAUAA